GCCUCGCCUUCAGGAAAACCAGUUUCAGGUCUCACAUUAGAAGGCUGAUGGUGACCCUAGUCGUCGCCACCACCAUUGAUCCGGCCUCCAUCGGCCCCGCCUCCGCACUCUUAGCCAUGCCGGGGUGGCACCCCGGCCCAUUUCUCCAGGAUAUGGCAAGUUUUGUGAACAAAGGAGUAAGGCUAUUGAAGCAUGAUAACUCCAUUGUUAGAGAGGAUCAUUUGGAUAAACGGUGGGAGACUGCCACCGGAGAGGUUGUGGAUGAGGUUAUAUUUCUUAGCAGACACACUGCUGCCUCGAAUCGGCCUGCAUUAACCAUUCAUCCGAUUGGUGUUCCUCAUUUACGAGAAGAUGAGGUGCCAGCGGCUGGUGGUAAACCCGGAUGGGCUGCACCACCUAAUGCCCGAAUGGGGCCAUGGCUGCGAUUAUUGAAGGUCAUUGCUGAAUCACACAAUCUGACUCCUGAAUUUGAGGUUACAUUGGAGGCCACACAUCACGGACCCGUAAUUGACUCUCCCACGAUGUUUGUAGAAAUCGGCAGCACAGAAGAGUACUGGAAGAGGCAGGAUGCAGCACAAGCUAUUGCUUUAUUAGUUUGGAAAGGAUUAGGACUUGAUGGAGGAAUUCCUGUUGGAGACUGGUCCAGGCAUAAUGGAAAGAAGAAAAUCCUUCUAGGGGUUGGCGGUGGACACUAUGUUCCGAGGCAUAUGGAUAUUGUUCUGAAAGAUGAUGUUUGGGUCGGCCACUUGCUAUCGGGGUAUUCAUUGCCAAUGGAAGACAAUGGAGAUGCAGGAGUAGGCGGAACUUGGAGAGAAGCAAUUAAAGUUGCAUAUGAGGUUACUAAAGCAUCAUUUCCAGGGGGAGAAAUUCUCGCUCAUCUUGAUCAAAAGAGCUUCAAAAGUUGGCAGAAAAACGCUAUACUGAGUUUCUUGAAAGAGCAGAAUAUAAACGUCGGCAAGCCUACCAAUUUUCGCUGACUCUCUAGAGUUACGUAAUCCAUCGACAGUGAUGGUCUGUUGGCAUACUUAUUCUUUAGG